AUGGCUGCAAAACUCCUACAUUCUUUAGCAGAUGAUAACCCAGAUUUACAGAAGCAGAUAGGAUGCAUGACUGGGAUUUUUCAACUCUUUGAUCGUCAUCAUAUUGUUACUGCUCGCCAAAUUAGCCUCAUUGUAGGCAAUUCCCACUACAAUUAUGACAGCCUGGAAAGAGAUUCUAAUAGCAUACGCCAACGACGUACAGCAGCUGAUACAAGCUUAAACAAGGGUGUGAGUGAAAAACAAAGAAUUUCAACAGAAUCAUCAAGAGCCUCGUUCUCUUCUUCUUGUUCAUCAUCAAUGUCCUCUCUGGAUUGUAAAGCUCAAGCAGAUACUCCCUUAGACCGGAUUAUUUUUCCUGAAACUCCAAUGAGGGACCAAGUUAUGAACCAAUCAAGUACCUCUCCCCAUUUAGGGCGUCACUCCCUUGACCUGAGGGAUGUGGUGAGGGACUCAAUGUAUAGGGAGGCUAGAGGACUAUCCAAAGAGGAAGCUGCCAUUGGUGUUAUAAAGCACAUGGACUCCCCAAGACCUCUUCAGCUGUCCAAAUCUGUGGAUAGAAAACUAAGUGUGCCUGUUGAUUUAGAGGAGUCUCUCAGACUCCGACUUCUUGCUAAACUUAGGGAAGCACCUUGGCAUUAUGAUGAAGAAGUUAAAGAACUUGCAAGAUUAUCAUAUGAAGUGAAAGAUGGACAUUGGCAUUCCACAUCAAAGGAUGCUCGUCGGUUUUCUUAUGAUGGAAGAGAAAUAAGUCGUUUAUCUUUUGAAUCACUUGAUACCACCAAAUUUCCACCAAAGCUAAAAGAGCUUCCUAGACUUUCACUUGACAGUAGGGAAAGUUCAUGGCGCACAUUCAGCUCUGAUUCAAAACACAGUCACCUCUCGAGAAAUUUGAACACUGGUGGUACCUCCACCUCAGAUAACAAAGUCUCUAGUCUACAACAGUCUUCAGCAACUCAGAGCCGGUCACCUAGUGUUGUAGCAAAAUUAAUGGGCUUGGAAGCAUUGCCAGAGUCUUAUUUGGCUAGUGAUAAUCAGUCAAGUGUGAGUGAAACUGGCUCAACUCAAAGUAAUGCUCAGUUUUCAAAAAAUGGACUCACCGGGCCACUCCGAGUUUCCAAUUCUCCUAAAAGUUCAUUGAAAGACCCAAGUCCCCCGCAGUGGAAGAAUCCUGAUUUGGUUGUUAAACCUUUCUCAAGUUCAAGGUUUCCCAUUGAACCAGCACCAUGGAAGCAGCAGGAUGGAAACCGAAGCUCUCAGAAACCAAAUUCCAGGUCCAUAAAAGCUCCACCGAGAACACCAGAUUCAUUUCCUUCAGUUUAUAGUGAGAUUGAGAAGAGAUUGAAGGAUCUUGAAUUUAAACAGUCUGGAAGGGAUCUUAGAGCACUCAAACGGAUACUAGAAGCAAUGCAAGUAAAGGGGCUGUUAGAGACAAGAAAAGAAGAACAAGCUUCAAAUGUUGUUUCAAAUCAAAGAGACUAUGAACCAAAAAUGAGUCUAGUUCAGAAUUCUCUGUCGGUAAGGAAACAUAAAAUCAGGGGAACUGACUCAGCAAGGACUUUUGAAUCACCAAUUGUGAUCAUGAAACCAGCAAAACUUGUUGAGAAAGCUGGAAUUUCGGCUUCUUCAGUCAUUCCAACUGUUGGAGUUUCUGAUUACCAUAAACUCCAGAGUGGUGGUGUACAUGCACAUAAUAAAAGAGGGACAGCUUCUGGUCGAAUAGCAAAAGAUCAGUCUCCUAGAAACAAUCGCAGGGAUGCUUCUACCAGUUCCAGUGAUAAGAAAGCUGGUAGUAGCAAGACUAUAAAAUCAACACAAUCUCAACCAAGGUCUCAGCAAUUUCCAAAAGAUAAUAGCCCAAGUUCAGUAAAGAAUUCAGGAUCUGUGAGCCCAAGAAUGCAGCAGAAGUUAGAGUUGGAGAGGAGAUCUCGACCACCUACCCCUCCAUCAGGUUCAAAUAAAACCAGAAGGCAAUCCAGUAAGCAGACAACAGAAUCAAGUUCUCCUGUUCGAAAACUGAGACCUAAAGUCCAUAAUUCACAGCACAGUGAUGACCAACUUAGUGACAUAAGCAAUGAAUCAAGAAGUUUAAGUUGCCAAGGUGAUGAAAUAUCUCUGCAAUCAGACAGUAUCUCAGUUGACUCAAAGAUGGAUAUGGAAGUCACCAGCAGUUUACAAUCUGCUGAAAUUAUUGAUAGCCAAAGCCCAUCCAUGAAGGGUAUUGAGCAAUUGGUUUCAGGAUCAAUGAAGAAGAAAUCAACUCUGGGAUUGGAUGAGGAUGAGCCGAUUGUUGAACUUGCAGCAAAUGGCCCAGAUCAUCCAAGUUGUGUUUCAGUAUUUGAUAUCUCAGUAUACAGAGAUGAUGUGCCAUCCCCUGUAAAGCUUAUAUGCAAUGCUCCCAAAGGCUCUCAUGGUCAAGAAUCUAAAGAAAACGAAAAUAUAGAUCAGUGGAACCCUGCAGAUAGCAUUUCAGUUAACAGCACAGGAUCUGGAGGGAUCAACCGCAAGAAAUUGCAAAGCAUAGAUCACCUUGUUCAGAAGCUUAGACGGCUAAACUCAAAUCAUGAUGAAGCUAGAAUCGAUUACAUAGCUUCCCUUUGUGAAAAUACAAAUCCAGACCACAGAUACAUCUCCGAAAUACUAUUAGCUUCAGGCCUACUACUCAGAGAUCUGAGUUCUGAAUUGCUGACAUUUCAAUAUCACUCAUCAGGUCAUCCCAUUAACCCUGAGUUAUUCCUUGUGUUGGAGCAGACCAAGGUAAGUAGUUUGCUUUCAAAAGAAGAGAGCAGCCUCGGAAAAGUUGCUUUCAUGAAGCUAAAUGCAGAGAAGUUUCACAGGAAACUCAUCUUUGAUGCUGUGAAUGAGAUUCUUGGUGUAAAAUUAGGCUCUUCUCCCGAGCCAUGGUUGAAGCCUAAUGGACUCACCAAGAAAGUCCUCAGUGCACAAAAGCUUCUUAAAGAACUGUGCUUUGAGGUAGAAAAAAUUCAAUCCAAGAAGCCAGAUUGCAGUUUAGAAGAUGAAGGGGAUGGACUGAAAAGUAUUCUAUUGGAAGAUGUGAUGCAUGGCUCAGAAAGAUGGACAGAUUUCCAUGGUGAAAUACCUGGGGUUGUGUUGGAUGUUGAGAGACUGAUAUUUAAGGACUUAGUUGACGAGAUUGUGAUUGGUGAAGCAACUAGUUCUCGAGUCAAGUUGGGUAGGCGCAAGAAGCUAUUUGGAAAGUAG